AUGAGCCGUCCAGGAGCGUGGGCCACGGUGUGGAACAAUUUCAAGAGAUAUCUGCGAAAAGACUGGUCCACAAAGACUUAUGUUGCUGAAGAUGCGGCAGGUCGUCGAUAUUACGAGAUCAGAAAUACUCGACAGAAUGUCACACGGGGGUACGAUCCAUCACCGAAUGCACCGACUUCCGAACCCAGCGUUGAGUGGCAGUCUUGGUUGAGGGGCACACGACGAUUUCCGCCCAGCGAAGAUGAAUUGGCUCUGAAUCGCGUGAGGCAGCAGGCUCAACUGACGCAAAAUUCGUCCACAGAGCAACGAGCACCUCACGUGGCUACAACUGGCAGCAAUCAACCGCGAGACAAACCUCAACCAUUUCCCGGGCGUGACGAUCUGGAGUCGGCUCCCGGAGCAAAGAAGAGUGAUUAA